GUAAUUGAAUUUCUACUUAAUAAAGCAGGAAUGUUUGCUCAAGGUCUUGAAGAUUUAGGAUAUACUAAUGUCACUACACAUGUCAUUAGUAUAGGCAAUGCUAUUCCGAUUAAACAAAACUUAUUGUAG